AUGUUCAAUCUUUUUGCCUUCCAAGUUCACAAUGCCCUUGUCGUGUUCGUCCUAGUUUCCACGUACGACUGCGGGCACGAGGAGCGCGAGUUUGUGCGCUGCGUAUACCAUGGUCGGGUAGCGGCCUUCUUCCGUGCCGUGGUCCACGACAAGGUCUGCAGGCGGUCGACCGCGGCUAUCCGUCAUAGGCUGUGCGUAGAGUGCGAGGCUGAGAGGCGUCACGGGUGCCGUCGCCGUCGCAGGGACGGACGGUCGUCCACCAACACCGACGCCGGCCACCCCCGUGGCCACGGCGAUCGCGAAAGGCGUCGCCACCACCGCCUUGACCGUCCCUCGACCAGCGAUGGGACCAUGCCGACAUCCACCGGCACUGACGAGAGGCAGGCGCGUCAGCAGCACCGCGCUAGGCAGGGACAUGAUCCCACAGACGUUCCCCGCCCCGUCAGGGAGCGUUCCGGCAUCCAUGCCCAGCGCGUUCGCCGUAUGGAGCAGCAACCCAAGCUGCACACCUCCAGCGAGGAGGCCAGCGGCUCGCGCAGGCCGGGCACCGGUGGUCCUGCCAAGAAGGGGAGGCGUGAUGACGGCUACGUCGUCGUCGAAUCCGAGAGCGGCAGCAGCCGUCGCUCGGCCAGGGGUAGGUCCGCCAGCGAUGCGGGCCCUAAAUCCUCCUUCAUCCCGAGCGGGGACUCAUUCGGAGCAGAGGCUGAGUUCGCCCACGCCGGGUAUCACCAGGGGCCAUCGGACCCCUUUCUUGCCGACUCCGACUUGGCAGACGAUGAGAGGUCAGUGGUGUCUUCCGUCCAGUGGCCCUUCCACGGCAAGUCCGCAGGAGGACGCGGCGUAGACAGAGCUGACAGCCAGAAAACGUCCACGACGUCAUCCUCCGAGGGCAAGCGUAUCCGGAAGCAGAAAGCUGCUUUCCGCCGUGGCGAUGACGUCCACCAGGCUGUCGGCAGGCAGUGGGCUGCGGGUAACGUGACCGUUCAUAGCAGCGGGAGUAGCGGGGCGAAGACGUACGGCGAAGUUCCGGCUUACCAGGGGUUCACCACUGGCUGCAGUGGUACUGUCCCCGAGUACUACCCUCCUCGCCCGCCCAGCUCGGUGUACGCGGGCGUCCCUGAGCCCGCGCCCUCGGCACCCCACCCCGGGGGCGCCCAGGGCCGAGGACCAGCAGUCCCGCGGGAGCUUGGAGACGGAGCAAUCGUCUCAGGCGCCGCUUUCAACCCUGCCGGCAUGCCGUCCAUCGCCCCCGAACCGUCCCUGCUCAACCCCCGGUGCGCACCUCCGCCGCCGCCGAUCGGCCUCCGGGGCUUCCGCGAGCCGGAUGACAGGAGGGGCAUCCACCUGCGCCAGCCCACCUCGUCCAGGAACACCUCGUUCCCUCACCAGGUUAACCCGGAGAUCAUCAACUCCAGCUGGGGCAGGAACCAAGGGUGCCCAUCCCAGAGGAAGCGGUCUAACGCCAGUCAAGCUGGGAGCAUGGGCGAAGGGUCCGGUAUGAUGAAGAGGAUGGGCAAGUCCCUCCUUGAGAAGCUGCGCAUCCGUGAUGGCGAAGACGAGGAUCUGGAGCCAGAGCAGACCGAGGUCUCGUUCAUGUGCGUCGGUGCCAAGCAGCAGGAAGGACGCUUCUAA